GUUCUUAUGCAUAACACAAGUACCUUGGCUUCAGAGUUAUUUAAAUAAGUGAUUCUGCAACGAGGUUAGAUUUUUUCUGAACUUUUAUGGUCCAGUAUGUUCCUAUAGGUUGUGUAAGUGUUGCUGCACGUCAAAAAGUAGUGACUUCAAUACUAAACCUGCUUAAAUGAAUAGUCUGCCUCUCCUGAUUGCCUCCUGGAACUUGUUUUUUACACUAGUAAAAGUGAACGGGUCCAGUAGGGGGAGCUUGAAGGCCAAACAACAACAAAAAUAACAGAAAAGAUACUACUUCGCUAUAAAAAUGAAUAUAACUGUCAAAUAGGAACAUAAAUGUUCUACAAUAUACAGACAGUAAAUAUCUUGCGACAUUAAGUUAAAAAGUGGUGGUUAAAACUGUGGAAUUGAAAUACUGAAGCACUUAAGAACAGAUUGCUGCUUGUGGGGGGGACUGGAUUCCAGCUGAGUGCUUCACCCUUGGGCUGCACAAAGACAAAUCAGAGAUGAGAUGAUAAAUAAUAAUAAAGGCCUAGAUGGAAUGGUGAGUAUACAGUAGUAGAAUGAUCAUCAUCAAAAAAGAUGUAGGUGCUUUCUCAGAGAUUGUGAUGCUUUUCAGCGUAGCUAAUACCAAGAGAGAAACACCGAGCGCAAUCUCCCUCUGCCUCCACAAGUCUUUCAAUACAUGCUGUGCUUCAAACUGAGAAAGUCUGAGGGGAAACGAGACCCGUUGCAGGCCCAGGCAGCAACACCUGCCCCCUGCCAGCUGCUCUGAGGUCUCCUUCUAUUUCCACAACACGUUAUUUCCACUAUAAUGCGUUUAAAGAGCUGAAAACGAAGCACACCCCAGCCCUGACAACGCCUUCCCGCCUCCUCCCCCCGGUGCCUCAGUGAGGCGGAGCUGCGCAUGCGCAGCCUGAGGGCACAUCCGCCCUUAUUGGUGAGCGCGGGAGGCGGCGGGAUUUGUGCAGCGUCGUGGAGCUCUGUGUGUAGUGUUGAAGAAGACUGAACAGCUGGGCGUUAUGGAAGUCUUCGUAUUACGAAUUGAAGAUCCAGGCUGCUUUUGGGUUACUAUGAAAGGAUGUGGGCCUCAUGUCGUUGAGGAAAUAGAAUAUGAAAAGCUGAAUGCAGAAAUGAAUCAAUUCUAUGACAAAGCUUAUGAAGAUGAAGUAAAGCCAAUAACAUUAGAAAAAAACCAGCUUUGUGUGGUUUUCAGCGAGGAGCUGAAGUGCUGGUGUAGAGCGGUUGUUAAGUCUAUCAUGUACUGUGCAGACUAUUAUCAAAUAGAAUGUUUUCUAGUGGAUUAUGCAAAAUAUACUUUUGUUAAAUCAAAGGAUGUUCGAGUUGCAAUGGAAAAAUUUACACAAAUCCCAUUUAGAGCAAAAAAAUGUAGAUUGUAUUGCACAAAGCCAGUGACAUUGCGUGUCAACUUCUGUGAAGAUACAGCAAAAAUAGUACCAGCCAAAAGAUGGGAUAAUGCUGCUACGUGGUAUUUUCAAAGUCUUCUGAAAGCAACUACCCAAAUCAAAGCGAAGUUAUGUUCUGUGGAAGGUGAUAUAUUUCAUGUUAUUCUUUAUGUGACGGUAGAAGAUGAAAAGGUAUGCAUUAAUGAUGAUCUUGUGUUAAAGAACUUUGCUCGUUUUGAGGAAGCUAGAGAGAAUAUUCCAAGUCCAGCAAAAGAACAAGAUAACCUGACAUCAUUAAAUAUUGUUUCUCCUCCAGUAGAAAUCAUUAAUCCAGCACUUGCUUUCAGGCCAGUGCGGUUGCAAGAGAACGUACCAAAGAAUCUUGAAGCAGGUCAUACUGUGUCCAGUUCCUCUCUUGAAAAAACAUACAAAAGGUCAGACAAGGAUCUGAAUGAAAAUAAUGAAUCUAGAUUUCAAAACCUUAGUGAAGAACGAAGCUUUGUCUUUCUUAGCAACAAAAUUGAGCCAACUCCAGUUUUGGAAAAAGCACCACUUCAUGAUAGUCUGAAAAAGGAACUUGCUCAGGAUAUGUUUUUAGGCCCUAACUUCACAGAAUCUUACUGUUGGCCAGCAGUAGCUCGAGGAUGUGAUGUAGUUGCCAUCUCCUAUCAAGGAAAUGACCCUUUCAUAUAUAUCCCACCAGUCCUUACUAUCUUGCAAGUGGAAAGCUGCUACAAAGCCUUGCCAAAAAGGAAUGGACCACUGGUGCUUAUUUUAUGUCCUGGUUGGAGGAAGGCACAGCUUGUUUUUGAGUUACUGAAAAAGUACAGCAGGUGCUCCAGGAUGCUUCAUCCAGUGUUGAUAAUACUUGGGAAUAACAAAGAAGAAGCUGAAACGGCGAAAAUCCAAGGAUGUGAAAUAAUUGUGACUACACCAUACAGCCUUCUGAGAUUGUAUGAAUAUCACAUUUUAAUGUUUUCUGGACUCAGCCAUCUUAUUUUGGAUGAAAUGGAGGUACUAUUCUCUGAAGCUGCUGAACAGGUUUUUGUUAUACUGAAUUACUACAAGAAAGGCCGCAUUACUGAGGAAUGGAAAUAUCCACCACGUCAAAUUAUUGCUGUUGGAACUCGGUGGAAUAAACAUGUAGGAAGUUUAAUAAAGGAGUUCAUGAAUGAUCCUUACAUUGUGAUAACAGCUUUGGAAGAAGCUUCCAUUUUUGGAAAUGUGCAACAGGUUGUGCAGCAUUGUGUGAGCAGUGAGAGAAUUGCUGUGUUACUCAAAAUGAUGGAUUUUACCCCUAAUAAUCUUCAGAAGGUGCUGGUUUUCACGAAUUCCAUAGAUGAAGUAGAAAUAGUACAUAAGGCACUGAAGAGAAAUUCAAUAUUUGCCUUCAAAAUACAUAAAGAGAUGGAGUUUAAUAUCAAGGGUUUCUUAGAACAUUGGACAAAAAGCUACGGCAGCGGCAGUCGUGUUGUGUUAGUUCUGACAGAUGACUGCAUGCAGUUCUUGGAGAUUACAGAUGCAUCUUGUGUGAUACAUUUCAGUUUUCCUUCUUCUCCAAUAAUCUUCGGUCGGCGUCUAUACAGCAUGUCUGACAACUUCUAUAAUGUGAUAAAGGAUUCAUCUGAUCAAGACUGUCUACAGGCAAGGUCAGUCAUAAUGUUAACAGAAACCAGUGAGUGCCAUACUGUUGGUAUCCUGCGUUAUUUGGAGCAUGCUGAAGCUGACAUUCCACCAGGACUGGCUGGGGUGCUAGAAGCUGAAGAAAAGAAGAAGUUUGCACGGCCGUUGUGCACCUACCUUAAAAUGUUUGGGACUUGCAAGAAUAGAACGGUGUGUCCAGAUCGUCAUCAAAUUAAUUUACAAGUAGACAUGCUCCAGAAUAUGCCAUCUAAACCUAUACAGACUUCUGGAUAUGUGACUGUACUGCCUCUCCAUAUUGUAAAUGCAACAAACUACUUUGGUCGUAUAGUAGAUAAACAUGAGGACCAAUAUACCAUUCUUGCUGAAGAAAUCAAUGAGUAUUUUAAGGAAACGAGCAAUAGAGUUGCUGUUCAAAAGGUAGAGAAGCUAGCUUUGUAUGGAUUCUGUGAGGAAACAGUCUUUCACAGGGUUCAGGUGGUAGAGACUUCUUCAAAAGAAGAAGAAAAUUUUAACAUCAAAAUUGAGUACAUAGAUGAAGGCAGGACCAGUCAAGUUCAAAGCUCUCAGCUUCUUCACUUACCUGCAAGAUUUCAGCAUCUGCCACCUCAGGCUGUGGAAUUUGUAGUUUGUAGAGUUAAACCCAUUGAUAAUGACACAGAAUGGAACCCAAGGGUAACUCAUCGUAUUCGUAAGAAAAUUGAAAGAAAACCUCAUGAAGCAAAGGUAGUGCUUACUUUAGGAAAUACAGUAUGGAUUGACCCAAUGGUCCGGGUUACCAGGCUUUCAGAUUUGAAGAUGUAUGUCAAUGAAUACAGCGUGCGAUCUGAGAUUUUGUCUACGGGUCUGGGAACUGAUAAUCCAGAACAUAUAUUGCAACUUCAGAAGUUGUGUGAGCACAUGAAGGUAUCAAGUCACACAAAGGAUUUGGAGCCUUUAAGCAUAAAGGAGGAUGCAGCUAGUCCCGAGAAUGUCUCUGAACUGCAGAGCUUGUCCUUACUGGGAAAUUCUUCAGAAAACUGUAAUUCUUCUGAAGUGAUUAUAGGAAAUCAUCCGUGUGAUGGUAUUGCUCAAACUAAGGAAGCAGAGGAAGCAGGAGACUCUUCACUGGAUCAGCAGAAAUGUGCUUGCUCAGAAGGCAAAUUUUACUUGGCUGAUAUGGAGUUGUGUCAGUGUAUACUUACAGAGAAGUCUAUGUGUGUGAUUAAGGAUAAAGAGGCUGUUAUUGUCCUCAGAAAAGAGAAAAGAGGAGCAUGGUGCAAGUUACUAAAGAACAAGACUGUGUUUUUUAUUAACAGAAUCCUCACGUGUCUUUUGACUUUGAAUACUGGGAAGAUUUUGAAGACAAAAGCCCUUUUCCAGUUGGUACUAAAAAGCUGCACUGCGCUGCUGCAGAGAUGGAAGAACUGGCUGACUCUUCGGAAGACAGCGAUGCAGAAAGUGAUGAGUAAUUGGGAGAUGUGUCUAUUUUUGUUACGGUUAAUAUUGGAAAGUAGUAUCUAUUGCAUGAGAAUUACUCCCAAAAUUGAAGGAACUAAACAUAUAGAUUGCAGAAUUGACUUUAAUUUUAGGAGGAAGACUUUGCUUACUUGGUUUCUAAGCAUCUGGAGAAAUACUUGAUAACUUGACAUAUAUGUUUUCCUGUGUCUUCACUUCAGAACUGUUGACUUUAAUGAUUUCGUGCAAAUAUGUACAUGUAUUUAAAUUCAUUAAAGAGCUACUGAUUUACUUUUCUGAGUUUGUCAUGAUAGCAGUAGGUAAUUUUUUGGAGUUUAACAAGUUCUGUUGAUUGUUUCUACUAUAAAUCUUUGUAUGCAUACAGCAUCAGCUUUGUAACUGCCUGUUUGUCAGUUCUGCAUGUAAAAAUUCAAAUGGCACUCUUACUUUGACUGGAAAUACUUUGACAUGUUAUAAAAUACAUGAAUAGAAUAUUCAGUGUUUAUUUUCAAUUUCAUAUUUCUACUUCUCCUAAAUUCUUCCCCUUAUUUCAUGUUCUGUCACUUACCUGAAAUUCUUGUUUCAUCUGUGGUCUUGUCUACCUAUCCCAAGGGCUUUGCAAUUUCAUAUGUAAUUUUUCAGUAGUUUUUCACUGUUAGGUUUGAGCACAUUUAAAAAAUAAAUAAAGAAAGGAAUCUCA